AUGCAAGUCCAGCCGGUUCCCCUCGGCACUGUCUCCAUCGGACCGCUGUCUUGGCGCGAUGGGACGGUCCGCUCCGUUCAGCGGGCGGCGCGCCUGGUGCGGCAGACCCGGGCAGGGCGGUCGGCGACGCGCGGCGGACCCCGCAGCAGCAGCAGCCGCGCCGCCGCCGGUUUCACCCCAAAGCGCAAAAACGGCGCAGCGGAAACAACCGAAGACGAGAUCGCGGAGGAGGAAUGCGGACAGGGUCGCGACUGCGUCUGCAAAGAUAAGAUGUUGAGGCCCCAAACUACAGGAGGGAUGCUCCCCAGGGGGUCCCAGAGGACGUCUGUGGCCCCGUUUCCUCUUACCAGCCUGCGUGAGCAGUGUGCCGGGGCCAGCGCCGCCGUGGCCGGUGAGUACAUGCGGAGGGUGCGGGAGGUGGAGGGCCAGCUGCGCAGGCAGGCCGGCAAGGUGACCCAGGAGGGCAUCAAGCUGGAGAGGGAGAAGGGUCACCUGGAGAGGAUGCUGCGCAGCCUCAGGGCUGAUCUGACCGUCAACAGGAGGAGCUCGGAGGGGAGGACCAGGAGACCAUCCACCACCGAAACGGAGAGGGACGGUGCCGAUUACUUGCUGCUGUGUGAGAGAAGAGAGCUGGCCAAGCUGAAACAGGAUCUAGAGGGAGCACUGAGAAACACACUGACCCAGCUCCAGGCCCUGGGUCAGAGCAGCAGACAGCUGCUGGACUGUGCCAGUGAGAGGGCUCGUGUCCUGGAGCUGCUGCCUCACAGCGGCUCCGCGGGAGGACACAGCAGCGCUGCUCAGACCUUCACCAAAACAGACCCCGUCAGCCCCUUUACACCAGAAUGCAAACAGGUUUUAGGGUCGUCCACUUUGACAGUCAACCGGUCACAUCUACUGAGGGAAAACAUCAGACAGAUGCUAACCGGCGCCAUUGCCAGGCAGAAAGUUGCUCACUGUGCUGUCAACGAUGGCCUGGUGAAGAAAAUUGCAGAGACAAUCAGUCUGCAGCAAGACCUGUCUUUGAUGUCCGGAGCCACCAGACAGGCCAUGUUUCGCAAGCAGAGGGAAAUUAACUGUAUUCGUCACAGCCACGACAGAGCGCAGGGUCCAGAGUACAGUGGUGAUAUACUCUCCAGAGAGAAACUCAACAGGCCUCUGGUCCAGGUUUAUCAGAGACACCCGGGGACACAGUUACCUGAGGCUGCUCAUCUCAUACAGGGCAGUGCAGUGCUGAGGCAAUAUCUAAAGUCCUCUGAGAGUGAGCUGGCAAGGCUGCAGCACGCCUGUCUGCAGCUACUGGACGACCUGCACAGCAAGAGAGCAGCAGCUCAGGUGGACGCAGGUGUCGUCCGCAUGAGGCUCCAGCAGGUCAACAAGCGAGCCGUGCCUUCCUUACUCCAGCAGGGGGCAUCCAGAAGCCAACUCUCCCUGUCUUAUGUUAAGUAGAGCUGCAGCAAUCACACAGGUAGAGAGAAAUGAUAGUGUUAAUUUAAUGUGUUGUGAUAAUAGGAAGCAGCUAUGUGCAAAAAAAGUACUGGUUCAGGAAUAAGAGCAUGGGAUAAAAGCUGCACUCAUAUGGCCAAAAGUAUAGAGACACCCCAGUUCAUUUAGUCCUUUGCACU